GCGUCGGAGUUUGUAAACCCUCCCGCCUCCAUGUCGCUCCGUCGUCGUCGUCGUCGUCGUCGUCGUCGGCGUUUCUCUAGUUUGUUAACGGUCCGGGUUACACGGCGCAGCCGACUGCCGCGCGACACCUCUCUAUUCGGUGGCUCUCAGGUCGACUUUCUGUCCCUGUGUUGUCCACCAUUUUCACGACGGAUAUACCUAACAGUACGGGGACUACGUUCGUUCGAUCGUUUCGGUUAAGUUCGCGUUACGCGUUUGUUCUAUUCUAAUUGAAAUUAAGGGGCGAACGAGAUAUGGCGAGAUAUGGAAAAUAUUUGUCAAACAAAUGAAUCGAUCAACUGAUUGAGAGGAUUGAGAGAAUAGGGAAUAAUAAGAGAACCGAAUGAAAGUAUUUCAAAAUCGCGGAUUUAUCGUCGUAAUCGCAUGAAUAUAAACAUAGGAGUCCAGUCAGUUAGUCAGUCAGUCAAGACGGUUGUGUUGAGUUGAGUCGAACGGAUUAUAUUGUAUCGCAACGUAAAAUUAAAUGGAAUGAAAAAAUAAUUGAACGAUACGGAGUACAAGUGGUUGUCGUAUAAAGAAAAAAGCACACAAAUCGAAUAAAAUUGAAGAAAGAGAGAAAUAAUAAUCACGAUAGAGGAAACUUCGAGUUUUAUUAUCCACGAAGGAGAUUUGGGAAGGGAGAAGGGAAAUAAAUAAUAUAGACGGUGAAUCGUGAAUGGUCGUAAUCGCCUCCAGUGCAGGACACGAAACAUUCGUUAACGUUAAACCACCAGGGAUUUACGACGCCGCCAUCUUAAAGAUACUCAACGGGGGGUCGUCGUUUUGCACCAAGUAUUCAAGUAUAAAUUAUUUGUAAAAAAAAAUUAAAUCAAAUCAAAUCAAAUCCAAAGCAAUAAAUAAGAUGUAAUAGAGGAAUAAAUAAAUUUGUUAAACCUGAAAUUAUGAGUGAUUAUUAAAUCAAUACAACGCUCCGAGCUUUACAUAUUUUCGAAAGACGUCGUUCGUCGGUCACAUUCGAACAAUCGCCUGUAGUCAAACGAAUAGCUGUAAUUGUAGUUUAUUCGAACGACAAAAAAACAAAAAAACAAAAAGACAAAAAGACAAAACGAAAAAAAAAACAGUCGAAAAAGGAAACAAUCGAAUAAAGAAGAGGAGAGCAAAAGCGAAGGACGAGUCCAUCGGAUAACAAAGUGGAACGAGAGUUAUCGGGACACGGUUCGUGUUACCUAAUAAUCGUAAAGUGUUAACUUUGUUACUAAAAGUACGAUAACUAAUAACGCUCGAAGGUGACGACCGCGACGGGGUGAAAGAUGGCGCGAGUCAGGGACGAGGAGUGUUGACCCAUUUCCACGGUCUACGUUACGUUACUUCAUCGAUAGUAGUAGCGGUGGUGGACUUGUGGUGAAAGUGGUGAUGGUGGUGAGGUGUUUAUGUUAAUGUUAUUGUUGUUGUUGUUGUAUUUGUCGACGACGGCAUAAAUAAGGAAGAGAACAAGUGUUGUACGUAACACAUGUCGUCUCGAUAACCGUCCAAAGUAUAUAGAACAAAAAGGAAGAGGAGAAUAGGAACGAGCAGCACCCCUCCAUCUUGAUAAGCCAACUCGAUCGAGAGAGGACCUUAUUUCGAAAAAAGGAGAAGGCCUCGUUCCCCCAAAGUAGUCGGAGAAGUCCAUCGCAACGAACGGGAGUAUAUAGAGGGGAUAUUCGUUGAUCGAUCGCCGGUGUUUAUAAAUCGUCGUUAAAUCAUACGGUGAUUAUAAUUAAAUCGGCAAAAUUCUGAAAAAAUUUGACAUUCGUGGAGCCCUGGCAGGGUCCGCGGGUGCUUCAUCAAAAAUGGGCAACAAUGCCGCAACGGCAAACAAAAAAGUUGACGCGGCAGAAAGCGUCAAGGAAUUUCUGGACCAGGCCAAAGAAGACUUUGAAGAGAAAUGGAAAAAGAAUCCAACGAACACGGCCGGUCUGGACGAUUUCGAGAGGAUAAAAACACUGGGCACGGGUUCCUUCGGGAGGGUGAUGAUAGUGCAGCAUAAACCCACCAAAGAAUAUUACGCCAUGAAGAUACUCGACAAACAAAAAGUCGUCAAGCUCAAGCAAGUCGAGCACACGUUGAACGAAAAGCGCAUUCUUCAGGCAAUAAGCUUUCCAUUCUUAGUAUCGUUACGUUUCCAUUUCAAAGAUAACUCGAACCUCUACAUGGUGCUCGAGUACGUACCCGGUGGCGAGAUGUUCAGCCACCUGAGAAAGGUCGGCAGAUUCUCCGAACCGCAUUCAAGAUUUUACGCGGCGCAAAUCGUCCUUGCCUUCGAAUACCUGCAUUACUUGGAUCUGAUAUACAGGGAUCUGAAGCCUGAAAAUUUACUCAUCGAUUCCCAAGGUUAUCUCAAGGUCACGGAUUUCGGUUUCGCCAAAAGGGUCAAAGGUAGGACGUGGACGUUGUGCGGAACGCCGGAGUACCUCGCACCCGAAAUUAUACUUAGCAAGGGUUACAACAAGGCCGUCGACUGGUGGGCACUCGGUGUUCUCGUUUACGAAAUGGCCGCUGGUUACCCACCGUUUUUCGCCGACCAGCCGAUACAAAUAUACGAAAAAAUUGUUAGCGGCAAAGUGAGAUUUCCGUCGCAUUUCGGCAGCGAUCUUAAGGACCUAUUGAGAAACUUGCUUCAAGUCGAUCUGACGAAGAGAUACGGCAACUUGAAGGCCGGCGUCAACGACAUCAAGGGUCACAAAUGGUUUUCGAGCACCGACUGGAUCGCCGUUUUCCAAAAAAGGAUCGAAGCCCCCUUCAUACCGAGGUGUAAGGGUCCCGGUGACACCAGUAAUUUCGACGACUACGAGGAAGAGGCGUUGCGGAUCUCGUCAACGGAAAAAUGUGCAAAGGAAUUCGCCGAGUUUUGAACUAACGAACGUCGAGGAUUAUUUAUCGUCUUAACGUUAAACCGAUGCUCCGAGAUAAAGAAGAAAAGAAGAAGCAGAGAACGGUGCAGAUCAAUGAUGGUAAAAACAAGAGUAAGAAUGAGAAUGGGGUGAAUUCUGUUGCAGCUGCACCUCGUCGUUUUUCGCACUCGUCGUCGUCGUCGUCGUCGUCGUCGUCGUCGUCCUUGUUGUUGUUCUUGUAGUCGAUCAUCGCGCGAUUAUAAUUACGACGAUUUUUAGAAAAGGGCAACCAUGAAAAUAAUAAUCUAUUUCAAUACCCGUUCGUAAGGGGCUCGAAGAGUAUGGGGGAAAGAAAAUAAAUAAAUUAAAUAAAACAAAAUAGAAAUCGUUGCACGGGGUAGUUCCUAAAGUGUGAAACGAGAAAAAGAGAAGAAUAAGCGAGUGAGCGGAAAAAAAAAAAAAAAGAAUUAUAAUAAUACACGCGAUGCCGAUACGUGCAGUUUGCCGGCUGACGAUCUUACCAAAGGGUCGUUUCCUGAAAACGAAACAUAGAAAAGGAAAACCAAAAAAACAAAACAGUAAAGG